UUUUUUAAGGAACGUAACCUGGAAAGACUACCUAUGCUAUAGGGGUAAACCCCCUUUUAAGUCACUAAUUAGCCAGCCGCGCGAGAGGCGCGGCCUCUAUUUUACGCAAGAUUUUACAUUGCCGGUCGCCGUCAUGGCUGCCUAUGCGUCAUUCUCAUUCAUUCAUGCAUGAUACAUUUCGUACAUUAUCAAACACUUCACCACUUUGCCUGACUGGGGCUGCCACUGCACGCGUGUACUACUCGGCUCAGCUCAGUAGCGGCGAAUCAGUUUAAACAUAAAGUUUGGUUCAAAUUAGAUACUUUAAUAAAAUGUCAUUAAUUCAGGAAAAUAAUCAAAAACCUAAGGAAAACAGGAAACUUCAACAAAAACGAAAUAAAUGUAAAUCCUUAGAAGAAAGUUUUAAAUAUCUGAACAAAACAUAUGUGAAGAUGAAAAGCAAAGAAAAGAAAUGUAACAACAACAUACUAUAUGCUGUACUUCAAAAAUUUCUAACAAUUAUGAAAAAUCAUAACCCAUUGUUUUGUAUCAUGAAACCGAAACUGGGUUACUUGGGCAGUUAUUAUGAUGGACUGCGAGUGGGACAGCCAACAGAAUACGACAUUAAUGUAAUUUUAUAUUUACCGGUAAAUUAUGACAAAAUUUACUUAGACGCCACAGGCACAACUCACGACUGUACAAAUAUAUUUAUGCCUUCUGAAUUCCGAAGAUUGUCAAAGAAUCCAACAACGGUGAAAGAAGGUUUUCAAAAAACUAGUAUCUGGUGCGAUUGUAAGUACCGCUUUUCCGUUAAAAAAUUUCGCUCAUGGAUGCAAGGUGUGGUAGACACUGCAAUAGAGAAAUUGCGUCUAGAAAAAAAUAAAAGGUUAAUUAAUGUAGAUAAUAAGCGAUACAUUAUCGCCGCCAAAAUGUCGGGCCCUGCAUGCACUAUUACUAUUACUCCGGAAGGGCGUGAUAAUGAUAAUAAUAAAGUUAUUGACGUAGAUUUAGUACCCACAUUUUCAUUUGAACUACCGAAAAAGCCAUACGGAUCGAACGUUUUGUUUCACUAUUUGGAAUCUAUAAAUGUAAAAAGAGAAUAUUUUGUUGUGCCAAAGCCAUCUCAAGACGAAUUUAGUUGGCGAUUAUCGUUUCCGUUUCAAGAACGAUAUUACAUUGGCAAUAAAAACAAUUUGAAAAGUACCGCUAAACUAUUAAAACUUUUACGUGACGCACAAGAUUUUAAACAACUGGCUAGUUAUUACAUAAAAACAAUAUUUUUGUGGGAAGUUCAACGCCAAAAUGACGAUUUCUGGAAAAGAAAAUCUCUUUCGUAUUUGGUACUACAUAUGUUAAACGUUCUGAGAUACUGUUUGGCACAAGAAAAUAUUAAAAACUUUUGGUGUCCUGAAAUGAAUCUCAUUAAAGGCAAAUUAAAAUCUGAGACUUGUCAGAAUUGGAGUAAUAGACUUGCUGUUAUAAUUAAUGAUAUAAAACAAAAUGGAAAAAAUAACCCUAAUAUUAUAAUAAAAUAUUUUACAAAAAAAAAUUAGAAGUAAGUUCUACGUUAGGAAUUCUCUAUAUCCAGGAACUUUUCUGUCAUUACCAUGAAUAUGAUUUUUUAUUUUAUUUAGGUAACGUGACUUUAAGAUAAUAAUAUGCAAUUAUUAUGACUUUUAUAAUUUGGAGAUGGACUCGUAAAGUGGUAGAAGGAACUCUUUUUCCGACCCUGGAAAUCGUUUUGCACCAGGGUGCUUGCUAAGAUAAAUCAAACUUGAUAAGGCUGCAUGGUUUUAUAACCGGUUCCAUUGACCACUUCCCGGCUUCAUCACGUUACCCUGAAUAUACCAACCAACCGACUACCUAGGCCAGAGUGCUUGUCAAGACAAAUCAAACAAGACUAAACUCAGGAGUAGGUACUGUGUCAUUUUAAUGCCGAGUUCCUAUUAUGACCAUCUUCCACUCUUGUUAUCAGACCACAUUCAUGUGCAAAAUUAUAUCAAUCCGAUAUCGGCUAGAGAGCCAGUAUCAACUUGUAGGAUUUCACUUACUAGUAACUUGCUUAUAAUCUAGAAUUCUGCCUACCCCGCUAGGUAACUUGCCUGAGUUUAUGUUGUAUGUGUAUAUAAAAUAGAAUUAACCAAUAUUAUUCUCGUUUCACCAAACACCGAGUCAUUAAGCAAAUAAAGCAGAGGCUCUCGAAUUGAAGUACUUAUUUACAGGGCCGCCUAUUACAAUUAUUUACAAUGAUGACUUAAGGCUUUUGAUAUAAGCAGCAACAUAAGCGUUUUGACGUCACAAUGGGAAUUUGGCGACUAAACGAAAAAUUUGGCACAGAUUGCGACCCUUGUACCUUCAAAACUACUAGGUCCAUUUGACUUGAGUUUUGAGUGAAAUAAAAACUGGUACUUACCUAUAUUUCAUUCUAUUCGUAUAAAUUAUUUUGUAACUUGUAUAAUUGUAUAAUAUAACUUGUCGAUAGUGUCAUGAUCACUCAUAUUUUAAAAGAAGUUGAAUUAUCUAACAUGAAUAUUAACUAGAUUAAAGUUAAAAGUUGCGAAACGAUGGAAUUUAUAUGGACUAUUAAUUUACCUGCACUGUUAUCGUUCAAGCAAAUGGGCAUAUAAUUUAAAAGUAUUUAAUGAUUUAAAAUAUUAUUAAAUAGAAUUAAUAUAAAUUAUUUAUAAUUGUAAAUGUUAAACAACUAAUUAAUUUAAAAAGUAAGUAAACAGAAAAGGCGGGAACGGAAGUGAGAAUUACGCGGCGAGAAAAACAAAUGAAGAACGGGGUUGAAUUGGUUCCCCGACUUUACUAGGAGACGUUGGUUGUGGAAAGAAUUACGAUGGAAAUUAAUAAAUAGUCGAUAAAGUCACCCAUUACAGUGUUUUCUUGAAAAUUCAGAAGUGUUAAUAAGUGAGCCUACGUCACCCACAAAAGUGGACAAGGAUUGAUUUAAAUGUAAGUACCAGUGUGUACUAUUAUGACGUAUUAUUGAAAGUUGGCAUGGCGCCAUUAUUACUUAGCAAAAUAUUUGCAUUCAUUAUCGUAAAAGAAUGUUUAGCCUACUCCGUUAG